AUGAACGGAGGAGAGAUGACCAUAGCCCGCGUCCUGCCGCGGACCACGGCCGCGCUCGACCCGGGCGCCAUCGUCGCGUCGACCGCCGAGGCGACGCUGCGCAGCCUCUGGGCCGCGCCCGAGACGAAGACGGCCGCGCGCGGGCUGGUCCUGGCCGCGUGCGCCGUCGCCGCGGCGUUCCCGCGGCCAUUCGCGACGGUCGCGUCCAUUCUCAUAGCGACCGUGGUCGUGCUGCACGCGAGCAACGCGCUCGCGCGGCCCGCAUCGCUGCGGCGCGGCGCGCUCCUGCUCUACGCCGCCGCGCCGCUCGCCGAGGCCGGGGCGAUCGCGGCCGGCGGCGGGGCCGUGCGGGCCGACGGCGCCGCGGUCUUGAUCGCAGCGGUCUGUGGCGGCGCGGCGCUGACCGGCGCCGAAGACCUUCCGGCAGUGGCGUACGCGGCGUGGGCGUUAUACGGCGGCGCGCCGCGGCGGGGCCUCCUCGCGCUCGGCCUCGCGGUCUUCCGGUGGGCCCUGAGCUCGCCGCAUGCGGGCGGCGCCGUCAGCCGCAGGGCCAUCCACGAAAGCCGCGCGGCCGUCCGCGCCGCGGCGUCGAGAAUCGCCGCGGCGCCGCUCGAGGAUCUGUCGCGCGAGCAGCUGUUCCGGGCGGCGCUCUUGGGCCGCGUGGCGCAAGUCUGGGACAACGACGCGGCGACGGCGAACGACGCCUGGGCGGUCGUGCUGGAGGCCGUCGCGGCGCUCGGCGCCGGCGCGGCGGGCGCGGGCGUCGCGGCGCUGGCGGCGCUGGAGAGAAGGUUGGUCGACGAGCACUUCGACGCCGACGAGACGGCGGAGUGGGCGAGUGCCCGUGCGUGGGAGCUCGCCGACGCGGCGGCGCCGGGCUACGUGCCCGCCGUGCUCUGCCGCGGCCUGGGCGCCGCGCCGGGCCUCCUCGCGUUCGCGUGGCUGGGUUGGACCCGGGGGUUGGCCGUCGCGGCGCCGCUGGCGCCGGUGGUCGCACGCGACUUGAUGAGGCUGCGGCUCAUCCGAGAUGAGUGCGCAGAGAGAACGCGCGCGUGCGAGGACGCCGCCGCCGACGCGCGCGCGGCUGCGCGCCGCGCCGCGAAGGCCGGCACGGCGGCCGCGGCGCGCGAGGCCGACCAGUGCCGCUGCGCGCUGGUGUUGCUCGAGAGGGACGAAGGGCUCGACCUCAUCAUAGGCGACGAGGACGCGAUCGCCGCGUGGCACAACCUCAGGAAGCUCGCGACGUACCUCGACUCGCGCGCCUGCCGCGUGUCGCUGCGGACGCUGCAGACGUCGGCGCGGGUCCGGCGGCUCGCCACCGGCGUCGCCCGACUGUCCGCGGCCGGCGCUGCCGCCUACGCGGCGGGCGGCGACGGCGGCGCGGCGUCGGCGCUGUCGCUGACGGUCGCUUUAGCUGGCGAAGCGCGGCUCCUUCUCGGAAGCGGCAACGCGGCGUCGCGCGACGUCGUGUACGACGCGGCGGCGGUGUUCGAGAACAGUCAGAAACUCUGGCGCGAGUACGGCUGCCAGGACUGGGUCACCGAGCAGGCGACGGAGCACUACGACUGGUGGGCCUGGACGGCCAAGUGCUCGGGCGGCGCCGUCGCCGGGGCGGCCGUCGGCGGGCUCCUCGCGGGCCCCGUCGGCGCGGCGGCCGGCGCGGCGCUGGCCGGCGGCGGAGUCUACGGCGCGAGCGUCUCCGAGGCGGAGCCCGCGCCGCCGCCCCUUCCAGUUCUGCCUGUUCCUGAUGAGACCGAUCGGUGGUCGGAUGUCGCGAGCAGCGACGAGGAGGAGGAUGUUGAUAGUGUGCAUAAGUGA